AGACAUACUUUGCAAGUGAUACAUAUGGAGCAUCUUGAAAAGGGUCAAAUAGAAGUUGAUGAACAAAAAUGGGUUUAUGAUUCUUCGGUUGAUCAUAGAGGUCGAACACCUCUUCGCGCUUCCACCGGGGCGUGGAAAGCGUCCUCGUUUAUCAUCGUAAUUGAGUUUGCGGAGAGGUUAAGUUACUUCGGAAUAGCAACAAGUUUAAUCAUAUAUCUUACAAAAGUUCUCCAUCAAGACGUGAAGACAUCGGCUAAGAGUGCUAACCAAUGGAUCGGUGUAACAACUCUAAUGCCCCUUUUUGGAGGCUUUCUAGCCGAUGCAUACUUGGGACGUUUCUACACUGUUCUUUUAUCGUCAGUUAUCUAUCUAAUGGGUUUGCUUCUUCUGAUGAUGUCUAGCAUGAUUCCGAACUUAAAACCGUGUGCGAGUAAUGGGAUUUGUUUAGAACCAAGGAAGAUUCACGAAAUAGUGUUCUUUGUUGCAAUAUAUUUAGUAUCUGUGGGCACGGGUGGCCACAAACCGUCUUUAGAAAGUUUUGGAGCCGAUCAGUUUGAUGAUGAUCACUCAGAAGAACGCAAAAAAAAGAUGUCGUUCUUUAACUACUGGAACGCAGCCCUUUGUGCUGGAGUUUUGCUCGGUGUAACUGUCAUAGUCUAUGUGCAAGAUCAAGUAGGUUGGGGUCAAGCAGAUAUGAUUCUCGCCAUUGUCAUGGCUUGUUCAAUUGUGAUCUUCAUCAUCGGUAGGCCAUUUUAUCGAUAUCAAAAGCCGGGAAGCCCAUUAAAGCCAAUGGUUCAAGUUUGUGUUGCAGCCUUUGCCAAGAGAAAUCUACCUUACCCUUCUAACCCAGAUGAGUUGCAUGAGGUGUCCAAAUCAGAAAAGGUUCAAGAAAGGCUACUUUGCCACACAGAAACCUUCAAGUUUCUUGAUAAAGCCGCGAUAAUAGACGAACAAGAUUACUCCGACGACAAACAGCACAAUCCAUGGAGACUAUCGACCGUAACAAGGGUAGAGGAAAUGAAGCUACUUUUGAACAUGAUCCCAAUUUGGCUAACUUCACUACCAUUCGGUAUAUGUGUAGCACAAACCACAACAUUCUUCAUCAAACAAGGCGCAUUAAUGAAUCGUGAGAUCACACAAUCAUUCAUCCUCCCACCAGCCUCAAUCUUUAGCCUAACUGCCUGCGGAAUGAUCCUUUCGGUAACAGUUUAUGAUAGAAUCCUAGUCCCCUUAUCAAGAAGAAUAACCCGAACCGAAAGAGGGAUCACUAUUCUUCAAAGAAUAGGAAUUGGAAUGGUGUUCUCCGUCACAACAAUGAUCAUUUCCGCCAUUGUUGAAAAGAAGCGGCUAACGGUUGUGCAAAACAGUUCUUUACAUAACUCGGCCACAAUGAGCGUGUUCUGGUUAGCACCACAGUUCAUAAUUAUUGGAAUUGCAGAUGGGUUCACUUUGGUUGGACUUCAAGAAUACUUCUAUGAUCAAGUCCCUGAUUCAUUGAGAAGCUUAGGAAUUGCAUUGUACCUAAGCGUGAUCGGGGCUGCAAACUUCUUGAGUAGUUUCUUGAUCACGAUUGUUGAUCACGUGACUACGAAAGUAUCAGGAACGAGCUGGUUUGGAAAAAAUUUGAACAGCAGCCGUCUUGACCACUUCUAUCUACUCCUGGCUGUGAUCACUGCGUCGAAUUUGUGUGUGUAUGUGUUUUUAACUAGUCGGUACUCGUAUAAGAAUGUGCAGAGGAAGACUCAGGUGGCCGUGGCCGAUUGCUACCAAGCUGAAGACCAUAGCACAAGAGGUUGAUACAAAUUAAGUUGCAGUCGUUUACUGUAUAAUUCUAUAUAGUUUGGUAUUUUCUAAUGGAUCCAUCUUAUUAAAAAAAAAAAAAAAAAAAGAUUGUUAUCGUAGCCAUGCAGUGGAGUGUAAGACAAGCUUUACUAGCUUUACUAGUAUGUUAUAUAUAUAAAUAAAUCAUCUGUUUUUCAUCUU